CCCUGCAGUGCAUCUCUUGCAGUGAAGCUUGUGGAUCUUCCAGCAGUAACCGAUCAUAAUGUCCUACUCCAGCUCUAGCUCAGUCAGUUCCGGGGGCCACUUCAAGGCAUCCCAAGCAGGGUCUGGACACUCUGUCAUCAAGCGUCGGGCUCCUAGUGUUUACGGCGGCGCUGGAGGACAUGGCACCAGAAUCUCGAGCCACUCCAUGUCGGGCGGUUUUGGAGGUUAUGGUGGAGUCUUUGCCAUGGGAGGAGGAGGAGGAGGAUGGUCCUUCGGUACCGAACAUGGUUUCUCCAUCAACGAGAAGUCCACCAUGCAGAACCUCAAUGACCGUCUGGCCUCCUACCUGGAGAAGGUGCGCUCCCUGGAGGCAGCCAAUUCCAAGCUGGAGUUCCAGAUCCGGGAAUUCAUGAAAAAUAGGACACCGCAGAGCCACGAUUAUAGUGCCUAUGAGAAGAUCAUCCAUGACCUUCAGCAUCAGAUCAAUGCUGCUCGUCUUGUAAAUUCCAAGAUUAUCCUGCAAAUUGACAACGCAAAACUGGCUGCCGAAGACUUUCAUGUAAAGUAUGAGGCUGAGCUGGUAAUGAGGCAGUCUGUCGAGGCUGACAUCGCCAGGCUGAGGAGUGUUCUGGAUCAGCUGACUCUGGCCAGAUGCAACCUGGAGUCAGAUCUGGAGCGUCUGAAGGAGGAGCUGAUCUACCUCAAGAAGAACCACCAGGAGGAUCUGGCAGCUCUUCGGGCUCAGAUGCACAGCACAUCGGUCAACGUGGAGGUGGACGCUGCUCCACACCAGGACCUGUCCAGAGUCCUGGAAGAAACAAGAGCGCAGUACGAGGGCAUCGCUGAAAAGAACCACCGGGAGAUUGAAGCCUGGUACAAGAGCAAGUUUGACACUCUGAACCAGCAGGUCACCAUGAACACCGCCGAGCUUGAGGCCAACAAGAAUAAGAUUAUCGACCUGAGACGAGUGCUGCAGGGCCUGGAGAUUGAACUGCAGUCUCAGCUUGGCAUGAAAGCGGCCCUGGAGUCCUCAUUGCGGGAGACAGAGGCCAACUACUCCAAUCAGCUCCACAGACUGCAGGGGAAGGUCAGCAUCCUGGAGGCUGAGCUCAUGCAGCUGCGCUUGGACAUCGAACACCAGUCCCAGGAAUACCGGAUCCUGCUGGACAUCAAGACCCGUCUGGAGAUGGAGAUCGCGGAGUACAGGCGUCUGCUGGACGGGGAGGGGGGCAGGAAAAGCUAUGAAAUAAUCAAGACCCACCCACCAAUUGAACCUAAACACGAGCCAGUGAAAACCAGGAAGGUGAAGACCAUUGUGGAAGAACGAGUCAAUGGAAAACUUGUGUCUACUCAAGUCCAGGAGGAGGAAGAGAAGAUGUAAAAGAAUCGACACUUUCAACCUUCUACAGCUAAAUAUCACAUCAAGCAUAUAUUAUUCACUAUUAUAAUUUCUGCCAAGAUAAUUUUACUAACUACUGUAUUCCAGCAACAAAAGGGGGUAGAAAUGACAGCUGUACUCCCCCCCCUGGUGGUCACUUAUAAAACUACAUCACUUUAUGAUUAAGCUUUGGGAUGUCUUUGCCAGAAGCAGCCCCGUGGUAAGGAAAAUGAAAUUAUUUAGUAAGCUUUGCCAAUAAUGUUCUCAGCAGAAUCAGCAACAGGGGCAGGUGAUUAACUCAUUUUAAAAUCGGGGAUGUAAGUCUGUGUUCUGUAUUGAUGGUGUGUUUUACAAGGAUAGCGGAUCGGUGUCUUUUUUUUCUGGGUUCCAACCCAGACAACUCAUUACUUGCAUGCAAAUCUCUAACAAAUAAAAAUUAAUCAAUACAUUUCAAA